CAUGUGCGGACGUCGUUGUCGUCGUCGUCGUGGUUGUUGUCAUUGUCGUCGUUGUCGUUGUCAUAGUCGGUCUCGUCUCGUUGCCGCUGCUGCUGCUUCAGCUUCUGCUGCUGCUCUUAUCGUAGUCGCGUCUUCUGCUUAGGCAGCAUCAAUUGGCCGCCGCGAUUAUUAGUUGUCUAUAAAAGCGCAGAUCGAAUAUCGUCGCGAUCAACAAUCGAUAAACUGCAAAACAGAAGCUGUUUUGUUUGCUGUGCAGUGCAGAAAUCGCAUUCACAUUUGUAAUGCAAAUCACAACGAAAUCGUAAUCACAUCUCAACAUCUCAACAUCGAAAUCGAAACGCAAUUCAAUGUACAUAAAAGUGGCUCAACAUCAAAAAAGCGAAAAGUGAAUUAAAGUGCAAUCAAUUUGAAAAUUAUACCCAAAAAAGUUAUUAAUUAAUUCAACUGGCGUAGGCGUCAAACAGGCAUUUUUUAUCCAAACUCCCACGAAAUACCAGAGAAAAUGUUAUCGCGCGUCGCGUAAAAUUCGCAAACAAACAAAUCGAGGAUCUUUAGACUUAUUUGUCGUCAACACACACAAUGGGCGAUACAUUGGAGGACGCGGCGCACGCGACGCGACGCGACAAACCGCAAACGUUGAACAUUAGCCCCGAGGAGGCAGCCGCUGCUGCGGCAGCAACAAGUGCUGUGGCAACCUCGUCCUCUUCGACCGUCUCUGCAUCCUCCUCCUCCUCGACCUCCUCCUCCAUGCAUUAUGCGCGAAAUCGCACGCGUUGCGAACGAGAACGGGAACGGGAACGCGAUCACUCGAGUGAUGGGCUGAGCAAGAGAAAUGAUGAAUUUGUUGGCUUGGUGGCGCCACCGCGACGUGAGAGUCUUAACAGCUGCGACACGCAGCAACAGCAACACCAGCAAGAGCGGAGCUUGGCAAGCAGUCCCGGCGGCUUUUCCAGCAGCCUCAACAAAGCGUUGGGCUUCAACAGUCGCAGCCUAAACACAGCAUCGAGCGGCUCAAACACCGCCGGCAGCACCAGGUACUCGUCCAGCAGCGUUGUGGUUGGCGGCGGCGUUGGCAAUUUGCCCGGCACCACAACGCGCAAGUGUGUCCUCACGCUGGACGGGUACUCGUAUGUUAUAGUUGCCAGCACGCCAGAGACUCUGCCCAGCAAACGUGAGGAGGCGAACGCCGGUGGCACAGGUGGCAGCAACAGCAGCGGUGGCAGCAACAUUGGUGGUGCGGCAAGUGGAACUGGAGUUGCGGGCAGCGGUGGUGCAACAGCAGCGGCAUUAACACAGCCGGACAACGGUGAACCGAGCCCCACAAGCUGUGACCUGGGCAGCAACAUUGGCGCCAAUGCGACAAUAAAUGGUCAAGUGGCAAAACACGGCUCUCUCACCAUUGUACGUCGAUCGAAUAGUCGCAAGAAUUUCACACAGAUCGAUUCACAAACGCAAUCAAUCGCCUCGCCCUCCUCGGCCAGCAUCAGUUUCUUCCAGACGCCGCUAAGUGAAUCGCUAGCGGAACGUUUAAGCGGUGCCCGAGGCACCAACGGAUCCACAGCGAGUGCUGAAGGCGGCCAUCAACUGUCAUCAUCGUCGCAAUCAUCGUCGGCAGCAACAGCAACAGCUACAGCCACAGCAACUACAACAAAUUCAGCCGAUAAAAUGCAGCCCUCGUCGCCGAAUCAAACGAAUUUCGCAACCGAUAAUACACAAAACGCGAGGUCUACCGAGCGACCCACCUAUGAUUACAGACUGAGUCGCGACACUAUCGAAUAUCCGAAUUCAAUAAGUCUCGGUGCCAUGGGUUCAGUACAGGAUCCUGGUUUUGAUAAUCACUCGGCGGACAAUUCGGCCGAAACGGGCUCAAACGUGUCGUUAACUGGUAUUUGGGAAACGGAUAAUUUGCCAUCUGUCGAUACGCCAGAUGCUCUCAAUAAAGCAGCAAUCAGAAUACGCAGUCUGUUGCGGCGCAUGGAUCAUGAGACCGUCGCCUACGAGGACAUGCAACGUAAUCUGCAUUAUGCAGCACGUGUGCUCGAAGCGGUCUUCAUAGACGAAUCAAGAAGCCCCACAUCAGGUAAAAGUAAAUUGGGGCAGAUUGCGUCUUCAUCCGUUGACAGCGAAGAUGAGUCCACGAAACAGUGCAAAAAUCUCAACAAUAACAACUCCAGCGGCAGCUGCAGCCUCAACAAGGCAGCAACUGAAGAGACCGAAGCUUCGGCAUCAGACAAUCAAACAGAGAGCAUAGAAAGCCGCACAAAAGGUGUCUCUUUAGCGCCGCAAACGCACAGUGGUCCAACGGGUCCGCCAGCAUCGGCCAAGGAAACGACAGAGAUGGCAACAAAACCGUUAGAAACCGUUACCGAAUCCGCACAAGAGGAGCACACAAACGCGACAUCGGCGGCGACAGGGUCAGAAACCGCGGCGACGACGACAACAACAACAGCGACGACGGCGACAAGUGAAGGCGGCGCUGGUCAAAGUGUUUCCAGCAGUAGCAGUUGCAGUAAUAAAGCGACCGUUCAGCGACAAAGACGCCUGCGCACUCCCGUCUGGGCGAGAUCAAUGUCGACGAAUAAAACGCGUCUGGCCGACGAGGAUGAUGAACUCUCCGAAGUGCAACCGGAUGCGGUUCCGCCGGAAGUGCGCGAGUGGUUGGCAUCGACGUUCACCCGUCAAAUGGCCACCACUCGCAACCGGAGCGAUGAGAAGCCCAAGUUCCGAUCGGUGGCCCACGCCAUUCGAGCCGGCAUCUUUGUGGAUCGCAUUUACAGGCGCGUCUCCAGCUCGACGCUCAUGCAAUUCCCUCCCGACGUCGUCAAGUUGCUCAAGAAUCUCGAUGACUGGACUUUUGAUGUGUUUGCGCUGACUGAGGCGGCCAGCGGUCAGGUGAUCAAGUACGUGGCCUACGAUCUGUUGAAUCGCUACGGGGCGAUGCACAAGUUCAAGAUAGCACCCGGGGUGCUGGAGACGUUUCUGCAUCGUGUCGAGGAAGGUUAUUGUCGCUAUCGCAAUCCAUAUCACAACAAUUUGCAUGCGGUGGAUGUGAUGCAGUCGAUGCACUAUUGCCUGUGCAACACGGGCCUCAUGAAUUGGCUGACGGACUUGGAGAUCUUCGCCUCGCUGCUGGCGGCGCUGUUGCACGACUUUGAGCACACCGGCACCACCAACAAUUUCCAUGUGAUGUCCGGCUCGGAGACGGCGUUGCUGUACAACGAUCGCGCUGUGCUGGAGAACCAUCAUGUGAGCGCCAGUUUUCGGCUAAUGAAGGAGGACGAUGCUAACAUUUUGUCGCAUUUAUCGCGCGAGGAGUACAAGGAGUUGCGCACGCUCAUCAUUGACAUGGUGCUGGCCACCGACAUGACCUAUCAUUUCCAACAGCUGAAGAUAAUGCGCAAUCUGUUGACGCUGCAGGAGCCAACCAUUGACAAGUCGAAAGCAUUGUCGCUGGUGCUGCACUGCUGUGAUAUCUCCCACCCGGCCAAACAUUGGGAUGUCCAUCAUCGUUGGACCAUGCUGCUGCUGGAGGAAUUCUUUCGUCAGGGCGAUCUCGAGAAGGAGCUUGGUUUGCCCUUCAGUCCGUUGUGUGAUCGCAAGAAUACGCUCGUCGCCGAGUCACAGAUUGGUUUUAUCGAUUUCAUUGUGGAGCCCAGCAUGACCAUCAUGUCCGACAUGCUGGAGCAUAUUCUGGCCCCCAUUGCGCCCGUCAUCAAGAAUAAACCGGCACCAUUGCCCGAAGAGUCGAGCACUGCUCACAACGAGGACGCCAUCGAGGAGGCGAAGAAGCGCAAUGUCUGCGCCAUGACACGCAAGAGCAUACCGGGUGCCGUCUCCAAGUUCACCAUCACCAAGCCCUGGCUGACAUGCCUCACGGAGAACAAGCGCAUCUGGAAGGAGCAGGCCAUCAAAGAUGCCGAGGCACGAGCGCUGGCCGCCGCCGCUGAAGCAGAAGCCGAAGCUGAGGCCGAAGACAAGGCCGCAGCGUCGGAAACGGAAGCAGCAGCAUCAACGGCUGACGAGCCGAAGGCAGAGGCGACAACAGAGGGCGCUGCUAGCAACUAAAAAUGAUGCUCUCUCUCUUAUACAACAGAGGGCGCUGCUGGCAACUAAAAAUUGUGCUCUCUCUAAUACUAAAUACACUGUAGUCAACUAAGUCCCAUAAUCAUAAGCAGCAAUCUAUGAAAGAAAGAAAUAGAGAAUAUACUACAUUUAAAUCUAAAUAAAGUAAUCAUAAAUAAUUAAUAGAGAAAGAUAUACAUAUAUAUAUA